CCCGUCCAUCUCCCCCACUCCGCCCACACUCACCGAGAGGGGCAAGGCCAAGCAAAGAUCUUCUCCUUUUUCCACUCACUGUGCCGCCCUUGCUCUCUCCCAGUCCCACCAAUAAUCCAUCCACCACCGGCAUCUCUUUCGUUCGGCUGCGAUGUGCGGCGGCGCCAUCCUCUCCGGCUUCAUCCGGCCGUCUGCCGCGGCGGCGGCCAAGAAGCAGCCGCGGAGGGUCACGGCCGAGGUGCUGUGGCCGGGGCUCAGGAGGAAGGGGCUCGAGGACGGGGAGGAGGACUUCGAGGCUGACUUCCGCGAGUUCGAGCGGGGCCAGAGCGAGGACGACGCGGACGGCGGCGGCGACAACGACGUGGUCGAGGAGGUCCCUCCGCCGCCGCCGUUUCAGGCGGCCCCAGCGAGGUUCUUCUUCGGCGCCGGAGCCAAAAUGGCUCCCGGGGUUGCGCUCCCAGCAUUUGAUGGUGUGAUACCAAAGCCUUCUCAACAGGAUGGGCCUGCUGCUACCUCGGCAAAGCGCAACCGGAAGAAUCAGUACAGGGGGAUCCGCCAGCGUCCCUGGGGAAAAUGGGCAGCUGAAAUCCGAGACCCAAGCAAGGGUGUCCGUGUUUGGCUUGGAACUUACAACACUGCUGAGGAGGCAGCUAGGGCAUAUGAUGCUGAAGCCCGCAAGAUACGUGGCAAGAAAGCGAAGGUCAAUUUUCCUGAUGAAGUGUCAAAUGCUCAGAAGUCCAUCCUGAAGCCAUCAGCUGCCAAUCCAACAAGGCUAGCUCCACCUUCAAAGACUUGCGCUGACAAGGCUUUCAGUCAUCCAAACAAUGGGUACGAUGAUUUGUUAGCGAUGUUUGCCUUCAAUGACAUGAAGGUUCCUGCAAAGACAGCUGAGAGUGCUUGUUUCGUCCCUCAAGUGAAACCUCUUGUGCCUACUGAGAAAUUUGGGACGAACAUGCUCUCUGACCAGAGCGGCAACUCAUAUGAUUCUUCUGACUUUGGGUGGGAUGAUGAGACCAUGACCUCAGACUACACUUCAGUCUUUGCUCCGAGUAAUGCCAUGCCAGCAUAUGGUGAGCCUGCUUACCUGCAAGGUGGAGUGUCAAAGAGAAGGAAGAACAACUAUGGUUUAGCUGUGCCUCAGGGAAAUGGUGCUCCCAAUCUCACACAAGACAUGUCUGGUUUCGAUCCUGAGAUGAAGUAUCUGCCAUUGCCUUGUGUUGAGAGCAGCUCAGAUCGAUCAAUGGACAGCCUUCUGCAAAACGAUGUUACACAAGAUGGGGCAAGCAACGGGGACCUCUGGAGCCUUGAUGAGCUGCUUAUGGCAGCUGGUGCUUAUUGAGAGGUCAUGUUUGUGGUCCGUGUGGUGCGUCAAUAGCAAAAAAUGUCCCUUGCCUGUGGUGAUCCUGAAGAGCCAGUUAUAUCUGCUACAUUUUAUAGCGGGUCGUACCGUAGUUGUGCUAUAUUACAUGCUUCUGUCACUUGAACUCUAUGACAAAUGUUUAUAGUAUGUUGCUGUAUGGUGUGUCUAUUAUUGGAAGCAAGUUUGAGACUGAUUCAAUAACUACCAUGGCACAUAUGUCUGAUGUACUGUAAUGUGCAUAAUGCUUAUUAUGCUAUGGUGUGCUUAUAUUGCAAAUCUUCGUUUGGAAGUA